CUUAAAUACAAAUCGAUUUCCGUUUUGCUGAUAUCUGUUAUUGCUGCUACUGCUGUUACUACUGUUACUACUGCUGUUACCACUGCUGUUACCACUGCUGUUACUACUGCUGUUACUGCUAAUACUGCUACUGCUAAUACUACUAUCUACUUUUACUCCAUGGUUGCCAUAAUAAUAAUGUCCCUUCAACAGAAGAAACGUCUAAGACUCAUUACUCCGGCCCGUCCCAUAAAAGGUAAGGUUUUGAAGUCUUGCAUAAGAUGCAGACAACAUAAGACUAAAUGUGAUGCCUCCAGCACCAAUCCUUUUCCCUGUACCCAGUGUUAUAAGAAGAAUACCGAUUGCACUUUAGAUAUUAUCACCUCUACUCCUAAAAGAUCAUACGAUGUUUUAGAAAAAUUAACAAAUGAAGUUCAUGAAUUAAGAGAUGUUUUGGAUCGUAUAAUAGAAAGGAAAAAUCAAACAAUCAAAUUGUUGGUUGAUAGUGGGAAGCAAAUCCAAAAGAUCAAUUCGGUUCCUAAUACUCCAUCAGUUUCCGAAAUUCAAUCUUGUUUAAACUCACCCACCAAUUCACCAAUACAGAAAAGUAUUGAUAUUGAUCCAAUACCAACCAAUAUCAUCAAUGAUUCCUUUACUAUAAACUCCAAUAAACAAAUGAGACCAAUAUCAAUAAGCUUCAAACAAUGUGAAGAUUAUUUUAAAAAUUAUUACUUGAAUUAUAAUAAAUUCUUACCGAUAUUACCAAAUUCAUUAUUUGAAAAUUUGAACUUACGUCAAAUAUAUAGAGAAAACGAUUUAUUGUUUUGGUCCAUUAUUAUAACUUCGAAAUUAUCGGGGUCAAAUACAAAUGAAUACUUCGACUUGGCAAAUCAUAUAAAGAAUUUGGUCGUAUACAAAUGUUGGUUAAAUACUCCAAGAGAUGUUUAUACUUUGGCAUCUUUGUUGAUCUUAACGACCUGGCCUUUACCAAUGAUCAAGCUGGAAAAACUUCAAGAUAAUUUAUCAAUUAAAUACUUAUCUUUAAUGAAAAAUUUAUCAUUACAAUUGGGUUUACAUAAAUUAGAAUUCAUCAAUGAAUUUAGUCAUAAAACUAAUAUGAAUAUUUCAAGUGAAUCUGAUUUGAAUAAUUUAAUAAGAGAACGUAUUUAUAAAUUUAUAAAUAUCAAUUCUAAUUAUUGGUUGGUUUAUCUUGGAUUAUCAAAUUCAAAUUACAAUGGGUUCCAACAGGAUUAUAUCAUAAAUAAAUCUGCCAAUAUCGAUUUAUUCAAUAAUUCAAAGUUCAACCAUCAAGAUAAUUUCAUCAAUUCUUUAUUGAAAAUCUCUCUAAUUCAAUCAAAAUUAAAUGAGAAUAUGAAUGAUUUAAUCAAUCAACCAAAUAAUGUUUCGAAAUUAAUUAAUAUCAAUAUGUUUGAAAUAAUAUUGAAUGAUUUCCAACAAAAUGAUAAAUUAAUCGAUGAUAAUUUGAUAAGAUUAUCAAUUGAAUUCACCAAGUUACAAUUAUUCACCUAUGCUUUUUCGAACGUUGAUUUAAAUAUUCACGAUUAUAAAAUAAUCAUUUAUAAAGCGAUUCAAUCAUGCAAUCUGAUUUUGCAACUUUGGAAUUUAGAAUUCACCAACAUUACUAACUUUAACCAACUUCCAAUUCAUUAUAAAUUCAUUAUCGAAACGGUUUUGUUGGUUUUGUUAAGGAUCUUUUCAAGCCCUUUGUUAAACUCGGUUGAUGAUUAUAAAUUUGUUCAAAAUCUUUUCAAUAAAAGUUUUGGAAUUUUGACUAAAAAUUCUAACCGUAACUGGUUAUUGUUGAAUAGUAAAUUGAUCAAAAUUAUAUCAAAAUUUAAUAAAUUGAAUAAUAUAUCAAUUUUAAACUCAAACAAAGAUACUUUUUUUUUGGUUAAUAAAAUGAAAGAUUAUUUGGUUUCAAGCUUGCAUUAUGAAUUAAUUUAUUUGAUUUAUGACAAUGAAUUUAAUAAUAAGAAUAAUGACUCUUCUUCGGGAAAUUCUAAUAUCAAUGAUAUUAAUUGGGAAAUUUACGUGCUGUUCAACUUUCUAGUCAUGACCAUUGGUUUGGUUAUCAAAUACCCAAUAAGUAACACUAAGAUAGUUAAGCUUAGUUUAACUUUAUCAAAAGUACUGCUAAGUAAAUCAUAUGACAACGAAGGUUGGAUUAAAGUGCAGAAAUCGUUAUAUUUAUUGAUAAAGCAAACAACUGACGUAGAUUCUAAUUCAGUUGGUUUAACUAAUAUCUCAUUUUCGUGA